AUGGGUAUUCUGGAAAAGAUUGCGGAUAUUGAGAGGGAGAUUGCAAGGACGCAGAAGAACAAGGCUACGGAAUACCACUUGGGUCUCUUGAAGGCCAAGUUGGCUAGGUACCGUGUCGAACUUCAGGAUCCUGGCAAGUCGGCUGCCAAGGGAGAAGGGUUCGAUGUAAUGAAAUCGGGUGAUGCUCGAGUAGCCUUGAUUGGAUUCCCAUCGGUUGGAAAAUCAACGUUGUUGAACAAACUGACGAACACACAUUCGGAAGCAGGAGCCUAUGAGUUCACGACAUUGACAUGUAUUCCAGGGAAGAUUGAGUACAACGGCGCUAAUAUUCAAUUGCUGGAUCUUCCUGGAAUCAUUGAAGGAGCCUCUGCUGGCAAAGGUCGUGGUCGUCAGGUUAUUGCUGUGGCUAGAACAGCGGAUUUGAUUAUGAUCAUGUUGGACGCCACUAAAUCUCACCAGCAAAGAGAGCUACUGGAAGCAGAACUGGAGGCUGUCGGUAUUCGUCUGAACACUCAAAAGCCAAACGUCUAUUUCAAGGUCAAGACAGGAGGCGGAAUCAGCUUCAAUGCAACUUGCCAGCUUAGUAUGUUGACUGAAAAGAUGGUUCAGCAUAUUCUACACGAUUACAGGAUUUUUAAUGCAGAGGUCUUGGUUCGUGAGGACAUUACAGUGGAUCAAUUUAUCGAUGUCGUUCUUGGAAACCGUAAAUACAUCAGAGCGAUCUAUUGCUAUAACAAGAUUGAUUCUAUCACGAUGGAACAAGUGGACCAAUUAGCUCGUGAGCCACAGACGGUUGUGAUGAGUUGUGAAAUGGAUCUUAAUACGAACUUUUUGGUGGAAACGAUCUGGAAGAACUUGAAUUUGCUUCGAGUGUAUACGAAGAAGAGAGGAGAAUACCCAGACUUUGAAGGUGGUUUAAUUAUCCGAGCGGGAUCUACAAUUGAGCAUGUGUGCCAUGCUAUUCAUAGAUCAUUGGUAAGAGAAUUCAAGUAUGCAUUGGUCUGGGGCCGAUCGACAAAGCAUAAUCCUCAACGCGUUGGACUUUCGCAUCUAGUUGAAAAUGAGGAUGUGAUCCAAGUUGUCAAGCGUCGCUAG